AUGGGUUCAUUCCAGAAAUUUGACACAAAGAGGAACUUCUGCCAUGGUACAAUAUUUCAGCAAACCUUAUCUUCUCAGAAUACCUUUAGUGUGCAUCAGAGAGCUCAAAUAAGUGUGAAGCCCUAUGGAUGUGAAGAAUGUGGAAAAUCCUUCUCUAGGAAGUCUAACCUCAUUGACCAUCAUACAACUCAUAGUGGGGAGAAAACUUUUGCAUCUAAUGAAUAUAAGAAAGCUUUUACCCGCAAGUCAUACCUCAAGCAACAUAAGAAAAUUCACACAGGGGAGAAAUGCUAUGAAUAUAGUGAGUGUGGGAAAUCCAUCUCUAGCAAAGCAUACCUCAUUGUGCAUCAGAGAAUUCACAGAGGGGAAAAAGCAUAUCAGUGUAACACAUACGGAAAAUGCUUCUGUGGAAAAAGUUACCUUAUUGUUCAUCAGAGAAGUCACACAGGGGAGAAAGCCUAUGAGUGUGAUAAAUGUGGGAAAUCCUUCAGUAGAAAACAUUACCUCACUGAUCAUCAGAGAGCUCACACAUGGGAGAAAGCCUAUGAGUGUGAUAAAUGUGGGAAAUCAUUCAGUACAAAAAGUUACUUCACUAUUCAUCAGAGAAGUCACACAGGAGAGAAACCCUAUGAGUGUAAUAAAUGUGGAAAAUCCUACAGUACAAAAAGUUACCCCACUGUUCAUCAGAGAAUUCACACCUGGGAAGAACCUUUGAGUGCAGUAAAUGUGGAAAUGCCUUUGCCUUGUAAUCGUUCCUAA